AUGGACCAACCCAAGACCCAAUCCUCCGGCCAAGUAAAGAAGAGCCAGCAGACCACCAACGUCGAGCAAUACCAGCAGCGCUGGGAGCAACUGAUCCAAGACACCAACAAGCAAAUCCAGAAGAUCCGAGCUAUCAUAGAAGAGGAAAAGGCCAAGAGAUCCAAUGAGAGCUCGCAGCAAUGA